GCGACACGGACAGUUGCGUCAACGGGGACUGUGUCAAUGGCACCUGCGUGUGCCACGAGGGUUGGCAGGGCUCGAAGUGCCAAUUCUGUGGCGGAAAAGUCAGGCUGACGGAGCCGACGGGGCAGAUCCACUACGGUCUGGGCAGCUAUAACGUGGGCGCAAAGUGGUGUGAGGCUUUGAAACAGUGCAAAAAGAGAAUACGAACUUUGAAUACUCAAAAUGUCAUCCACACGAAAAUGUCGAAACUGAAUUACCACGGGCUCACGGAGUUGACUGGGCAGAUCCAGGACGGUGUUGGCAAUUACACCGCGGACGCAAAGUGUUCCUGGCUGAUCGAGAGCAGCCCAAACUCCACGAUACGUAUGCACGUGGAGCAAUUCGCGACGGAAUGCGGCUGGGAUUACCUGUACAUCUACGACGGUGACAGCGUCGAGGCUCCGUUGCUCGCCGUUUUCUCCGGAUUGAUGUACAAAGAUGGCUACCACGGACGCCGCGUACCGGAAGUGAUCGCCCGUUCCGGAAGCGCGCUUUUGCAUUUCUACUCGGACAUCGCGUACAACAUGAGCGGCUUUAACAUUACUUACAAGAUCAACGCUUGCCCCAGCAGGUAUUCACACAUCGACUGUUCCGGCCAUGGGGUUUGCAUUGACAGCGUAUGCACGUGCGACGCCACGUGGACCGGCGAAGCUUGCGAGAUUCAAGUCUGCCCUAACAAUUGCUCGCACAGCUAUGGACAGGGUGAAUGUAACCGCGAGAGCCAUCACUGUGACUGCGUGCACGGCUUCAAGGGUUCCGACUGCAGCCAAAGAAGCGACCGUGGAUUCUGGGAGAGCGUUUCCUACACGGAUUUCUCACCAGAAGGUUCGGCUAGUCAUUGCUCCAUCGUUUGGAAGGACUCCUUGUACGUGGUCGGCGGCGAGAGCUAUCAUCGUGCUAAGAUGAUUUACGUCUACGAUUACAAUGGAAACGUCUGGGAGACACCUCACGUGGAGGGAAAGGUUCCUCUGCCGCGUUACGCUCACUCGUGUGUGCUUUUCGGCGACAAGAUAUUCAUGUACGGCGGCGUACUGCCAAAUUCCACGGUGACUAACGAGAUAUGGGCGUUCGACGUGUCCGCCAAAGUCUGGGAGAACGUGACCGUGCACGACAACUACCAUAACAAGACCAUGCGCGGUCCCUUAAAGGUAGCCGGACACACUGCGACCCUAGUGCAGAGCCACGGCAGGAAGGAGAAGAUGGUCGUGAUAUUUGGAUAUUCACCUCAAUAUGGCUACCUGAACGUGGUCCAGGAAUACUACUUGGGCACCCGUGAGUGGCAGAUCGUGGACACAGUCGGUUUCCCUGUGAAAGGUGGUUACGGUCAUACUUCCGCCUACGAUCCGUUGACCAACUUGAUCUACGUGUACGGAGGAUACGUGUCCGAGUCGCAGAGCACACAGGUGUUGACCAACCGGUUGUACUCUUAUCAUCCGAAUUAUCGCGAGUGGAAAUUGCUCACGUCUGCACCAUCUGCUCGCUUCUUCCACACGGCCGUGUUCGUCUCUGGCGGCUUGAUGAUCGUCUUCGGUGGGAAUAUGCACAAUGACUCGCAGCAUUCGGAUGGAACAAGGUGUUACUCAGCUGACACGAUAGCGUACGACGUCACGUGCGACUCGUGGCAUCAAUUUCCCAUGCCUAAAGAGAUAACCGACUUGCCUAGGUACGGGCACAGUGCCACUGUUUUUGAGAAGUCGAUGUACAUCUACGGAGGAUUCGAUGGACAGAUGCUGUCUGAUAUGUUCAGGUAUACGCCGGGGAACUGCGAGCACUUGACGAGCCAGAACCAGUGUCUGAACGCGAGGACAGGCGUGAAGUGCGUGUGGGACAAGCGGGAGAACAGGUGUGUUCAGAUCACCAAGAUACCUCGGCACGUGCUACUUAACGACGACAUGCAUGACGGAAUUUACAUGAGAUGCCUGGACGACACACCGCCGCGCGGGAUGACGUCUCACAAGGAGCUGUGCAAGCUGCUCACGGACUGCGUGGCAUGCGUACAGACCUCGUACAAUUGCCUGUGGUGCGGCAAGAGUUGUUCACACGAGAUCUGCCGGGAUAACGCGAACGCUCCACCGACCAAAGCGAUCACCGAUCUGGAACAAUGUGAUGCACACACUGGCAUCGAGUGCUUGCAAUUGCACACGUGCCACGCGUGUUCCAGCAAUCCGCACUGCAUUUGGUCCUGGUCGAACGGGCCUGAUCGGUGUAAACCGCACUCGAAAGCUCGUGAUAUGACCAUUUUAAACGGGACUAUUCAAGCACAGAGGCUCUCUAUAGACUCCUGUCGCAGCCCAUGCGUGGAUUAUAGCUCUUGCAAGAACUGCACGGAGUCUGGUUGCAUCUGGUGUCAGAACGAGAAGAAGUGCGUGGAUAAGAACGCGUAUCCAGCAAGUUUUCCAUACGGACAGUGUCGCGAAUGGACCACUAUCGACGCCAAGUGUCGCGCCACAGAGACUGGCAAGGAAUGGUGCACGUUUUACUCGUCCUGUGCUUCGUGUCGCGCGGAUCCCGGCUGUGGAUGGUGCGACGACGGUUCAGGAACAGGGAUGGGACUGUGUCUACCGGGUGGAGCUCGUGGUCCAAGCAGGAAAAGCUUGGAAACCUGCCCAUUCGAACGAUGGUACUUUACCAAAUGUCCUACCUGCCAAUGUAACGGCCACAGUAAGUGUCUCUCGAACAGCAGCAUAUGCAUUCAACCAUGUGGGAAUUUGACUUACGGACCUCACUGCGACAAAUGCAUCCCUGGCUAUUACGGCAGUCCUCUGAACGGAGCCACUUGCCAACCCUGCUUCUGCAAUAACCAAGGCACACAGUGCACUAGCGAAACGGGUAAAUGUUUCUGUACAACGAAAGGCAUUAUCGGGGAUCAUUGUGAACGAUGCGACGUGUCCAGCCUUUAUCAUGGGGAUCCUACAAAUAAAGGAUCUUGUUUUUAUGAUUUGGCGAUCGAUUAUCAGUUCACGUUCAAUUUAAGUAAGAAAGAGGAUCGCCAGUACAGGGCGAUCAACUUUAAAAAUUCACCGCCGAAGCCUGAUAUCGAUGCAGAGUUCUCUAUCACUUGCUCUGUGCUCGCGAAGAUGAAUAUCACCGUGAGAAGGGGGAACACGUUGGAGUUACCGCUCAUUCUUGGUGUGAACUGCACGACGAAUAUGUAUAAGCAUCGAUUUAUCAAAGAUGGCUACGGUUUUGGUAGCGAGGACAAUAACACGCUGACAACGUUCUACGUUUACGUGUACGACUUUCAGCCACCAGUGUGGAUACAAAUUUCCUUCUCGCAGUAUUCCAAAUUGAACUUGCAGCAGUUCUUUAUAACAUUUUGCACGUGCUUCCUCGCUCUGCUGUUGGUGGCUGCUGUCCUCUGGAAGAUCAAGCAGAAAUACGACAUGUACAGAAGAAGGCAGAGAAUGUUCGAAGAAAUGGAGCAAAUGGCCAGUAGGGCGUUCAGCCAAGUUCUGGUGGAAAUCGAGAGGCGGGACGUCGAUAAUUCCGACUCGGAGCGAAGCGAGUCUGAGUUAACUAAUUGCCGCAAGAAGAAAAAGGAUGCCCCUAGUCCGAUCGCGCUGGAGCCCUGUUGCGGAAACAGAGCAGCGGUCCUGUCGUUGCUAGUCAGAUUGCCUACUGGUGGUGAACCGUACACGCCGGCUGGUCAGAGUGCCGGUUUGGCAGUAGCGUCUGCGUUAGUUACGCUGGGUAGCCCGCGGAGGCCAUCUCAGGAAUUGACCACGAAGGAGCCGACGAAAACACGAAAGUCUGCCAGCCAGCACCCAGACUCCACUUGCAUUUAGCGAUAAGAUCGCGAAAGUAGAGAGAGAA